AUGUGGAAACAUCGACAUUUACCCUUUGCAGCAAUCUUUUGUCUUUUACUCUCAGGCUGUUAUAUAGCUGAAGCCCAGGCACCCGAUGUCAAAAUCGGUGCCGCUGCUGAUAUAAUAUUUCUAGUGGAUUCCUCUUGGAGCAUUGGAAACGAACAUUUCCAACUUGUUCGAGAGUUUCUGUAUGAUGUUGUAAAACAAUUAGAUGUGGGUGAAAAUGAUUUUCGGUUUGGUCUGGUCCAGUUCAGCGGAAACCCACAUACAGAGUUCCAGUUAAACACGUAUCACAGUAUGCAAGACAUCCUCUCCCAUAUUUCGCACAUGACCUAUAUGGGGGGAGGAACCAAGACCGGAGAAGGAUUAGAGUUCCUAAUUCGGAACCAUCUCACUAAAGUUGCCGGAAGCAGAGUGAGCGAUGGCGUCCCCCAGAUUAUCAUAGUCUUAACGGACGGACGAUCCCAGGAUGAUGUGGUCCUGCCAUCAUCUGUUCUUAAAUCUGCCGAUGUAAACAUGUUUGCCAUCGGAGUUCAGGAUGCAGUGGAAAGGGAAUUAAAGGAAAUAGCGAGCGAACCCCUUGAUACGCACCUGUUCAACCUAGAGAAUUUUGCUGCCCUGCACGGCAUUAUAGGAGACUUAGUGGCCAGUGUUCAUUCGUCUGUUACUCCAGAAAUGGCUGGAGCCAAUGGAGUGAUUAAAGACAUCACAGCACAAGAAUCUGCUGACAUUAUUUUCCUUAUUGAUGGAUCAAACAACGUCGGCCCUGUCACUUUUGCAGCCUUUCGUGAUUUUCUUGCAAAUUUUAUUGAAAGACUCUCAGUUGGAACUGAGCAGAUACAUGUUGGGGUGGUGACGUAUAGCGACCGACCCAGAACGGUGUUCACCUUGGACAGCCACGACCAAAAAGCUGAUGUUCUAGAUGCAAUGAAAGCCCUUAGUUUCCUUGGUGGUGAGGAAGCAAAUAUUGGGGAAGCGCUUGAGUACGUGGUGCAAAACCACUUCACUCGGUCAGGAGGCAGCAGGAUAGAGGAAGGGGUGCCCCAGGUUUUAGUGCUGAUAAGCGGCAGUGAGUCUAGCGAUGACAUCCGAGAGGGGGUCUUAGCCAUCAAAAGGGCGAACGUAUUCACAUUUUGCAUUGGGGUCGAGAAUGCUGACACUGUAGAGCUUCAGCACAUUGCUACUGACGGAAGCUUCGUAUUCACUGCCCUGGACACACGUAACCUUGAUGAACUUCAAGAACUCUUACUACCAAACAUUGCGGGAGUGGCCCAAAGAAUUAUAUUGUUAGAUGCCCCAACCAUUCUUACAGAAGUUAUGGAAGCCAAUCAGAAGGACAUAGUCUUCCUGAUAGAUGGCACAACAACACAGGGGAAUGCCCCUUUUAAUGGAAUCCGCGAGUUCCUUUCCAAAAUCAUCAACAGACUGGACGUUGGACCGGACAAGAUCCAAGUUUCGGUGGCGCAAUUUUCAGAUAACGUAAAACCAGAAAUCUUUUUCAGAACUCCCCAGGACAAAGCUGCCAUCGUUAGCAGCGUCAAGAAAAUGAGACCGCUUGGUGGCAAUGUACACAAUGCAGGUUUUGCACUAAGGUACGUUAAAGACCGCUUGUUCACGAGCGAUGAAGGAUGUAGGAUUGAUGAAGGUGUCCUGCCCAUGCUGGUCCUGAUUACUGGUGGUAAAUCCAGAGAUGAUGUCGCUCAACCAGCACAAGAAUUGAAAGGCAGAGGCAUCUUGGCUCUUGCCGUGGGAGCUCUGAAUGCCGAUCGCGCCGAACUGGAACAAGUUGCCUUCACGCCAAGCUUGGCAUUCACUGCCAGUGAUUUCCGCCAAGUUACCAUGCAGCCUAUUGUCCCUGACGUCCUGACGCAAAUACGGACCCUCUCUGGAACUCUUGUGGAAAAAACAACAACAACAGAAGUUCUGGCAAACAAAAGGGACAUCCUCUUUCUUUUGGAUGGAUCAGCCAACGUUGGAAAUGCCAACUUCCCGUUUGUCCGUGACUUUGUUGUGAGCCUAGUUAGGUUACUUCAGGUUGGAAUUGACGAUAUACGAAUCGGCCUAGUCCAAUUUAGCGAGAACCCUAAAACCGAAUUCUUUUUAAACACUUUCCUAACCAAGUCAGAGGUCCUUAAUCGCUUAAAUCAGCUGAGGCUCCAGGGGGGUUCAGUGUCGAACUAUGGCUCCGCGCUAGACUUCGUUCUUUCCAAUCAUUUCACUGAAGCCGGUGGGAGCAGGAUAGAUGAAAAUGUUCCUCAGGUGCUAGUCUUCCUUGUGGCGGGGCCAUCUGCCGACUCCUUCCGACAGGCCGCUAAUGCUUUAGCCCGCUCCGGAGUGCUGACAUUCUGCAUUGGUGUUAGGAAUGCCGUUCGGGCAGAUCUCCAACAGAUCGCAUUCAAUCCACAAAUGGUGUACUUUAAGGAUGAUUUCAGAUCUCUGGCAGCUUUACCGCAAGACAUGAUUAGGCCGCUAACGACAUACGUUAGUGGCGAGGUGGAAGAAGUCUCCAUCCCAAUUGCAGAAAGCAAGAAAGAUAUCUUAUUCUUGACUGAUGGCUCAAUAAACAUCCUGGGUCAGUUUCCUGUUGUUCGGGACUUUCUGGCCCGCAUUAUUUCGGACCUGGAUGUGGAGCCAGAAGGCGUCCGAGUCGCAGUGGCACAAUUUAGUGACAACGUACAAGUCGAGUUCAACUUUGAAGAAUUCCCCUCUAAGGCAGAAAGCGUUCAAAAAGUGAGAAAGAUGAAGACUAAACCAGGUCAACGGCUACUCAACAUUGGUGCUGCUUUAGAUUAUGCCUUGGGGAACAUCUUCGUGAGGAACGCCGGGAGCAGGAUUGAUGAAGGCGUGCCUCAGUUCCUGGUUCUCCUCGCUGCCGGAAGAUCAACUGACAGUGUGGACCGGGCAGCUAAUGCCCUGAAGCAAGCAAAUGUGAUCCCUUUCGUUAUCAAAGCCAAGGCUGCAGAUGCCGCAGAAUUAGAAAAGAUAGUUUUUGACCCUCAGUUCAUUCUAAAUGCCGAUUCCCUGUCGAAAAUUGGAGACGUUCAACCUAGAAUAGUCAAUCUACUGAAAACCAUUGAACUUGCACCAAGAGUGGUUGAUGAUCAGAAGAAGGACGUUGUGUUUCUGAUAGAUGGCUCAGAUCGCAUCAGAAGUAGUUUCCCUACACUGAAGUCCUUUGUGGAAAAUGUGGUUCAAAACCUGAAUGUCGGCCCUGACGAUGUUCGGGUUGCUGUGGCCCAAUACAGCAACGUUCCCAAAGUGGAGUUCCUCCUGAGCGCUCAUCCAGACAAGAAUGCUGUGAUCAGCGCGGUCCGGCGCUUGUCCCCCAUGGGAGGCUCACCGCUUAACACAGGGGCCGCUCUUAACUUCCUUCUGCGCAACGUGUUCAUCAGCCAGGGUGGGAGCAGGGUGGCCGAAGGCGUCCCCCAGUUCUUGAUCUUGGUGACAGCAGACAAGUCUAGAGAUGAUGUCAGAAGGCCCGCUGCGGCUCUGAAGAGCAGCGGGGCCGUCCCUUUUGGCAUCGGCGUUGGGAAUGCCGACAUCACCGAGCUGCGGACCAUUUCUUUUAUCCCUGAGCUUGCGAUCCUCGUUCCUGACGUCAGACAACUCAGCAACAUUCAGCAGCAAAUUUCACAAAAAGUGGUUCAGUUGACCAGGGAAGAAAUAGAAAAAUUGGAACCCGUUGUGCUACCGCCAACUACAGGUGAAGAGAAGUUCCAAAAUUGCUUUUUGCCGCCACCGGGGAUGGAUGGCAAAAGAGAUAUCGUAUUCCUCAUUGACGGCUCCCAGUCUGCAAUUCCCGAGUUUCCUUCCGUUCGUGAAUUUAUCGAGAGGCUCGUGACUAACCUGAACGUAGAUGCUGAUGCCACUCGGGUGGCUGUGAUUCAGUUCAGCGAGGAUCCCAGGGUUGACUUCCUGCUGAACGCUCACUCCAGCAAAAACGAGGUGCAGAAUGCUGUGAGGGGGCUCAGACCCAAAGGAGGGAGACAGGUGAACGUCGGCUCCGCCCUAGAGUUCGUGUCGAGAAACAUAUUUACAAGGCCGUCGGGAAGCCGCAUAGAAGAGGGAGCGCCGCAGUUUUUAAUUCUCCUCUUUUCUCGCCCGUCUGAUGACGACGUAGAGGACGCUGCACUCCAAGUCAAACAAGUUGGAGUGGCACCACUGGCUGUUGCAAAAGAUGUGGAUACCCAGGAACUGGUGAAAAUAGCUCUGAGUCCUGAGUAUGUGUUCCAAGUGUCAACAUACCAGGAUCUGCCUAGUUUGGAACAGACGCUGCUGACCCCUAUUACAACACUCACUACACAGGAGAUACACAGACUUAUAGGUGAUACACGUCACCCUCCCCCUGCAGUUUUUGACAGUGACGCCAAGGACAUUGUCUUCCUUAUUGACAGUUCUACCGGUGUCGGGUCCGGCAGCAUCGCCCACAUUCGAGAUUUCAUUCUGCGGUUUAUCACGCAGUUGGAUGUUGGUGAACGCAAAGUGAGGGUUGGUUUGGUCCAGUUCAGCAACGAUGUGUUCCCUGAAUUAUAUUUAAGAGACUGCAAAUCCAAAAGUGAUGCGGUUACUGCUACCCGCCGCUUACGGUUCAGAGGAGGAGCUCCUUUGAAUGUUGGGAAAGCGUUGGAUUAUGUUGCAAAGAACAUCUUUGUUAAGUCGGCAGGAAGCAGACGAGAAGACGGAGUCCCGCAGCAUUUGGUUCUCCUUCUUGGAGGGAGAUCCCAAGACGACAUCAGCAGGCCGUCCAGUGCGUUGCAGGUGUCUGGAAUUAAAAGUCUGGGCGUAGGAGCAAGAAAUGCAGAUAGUGCUGAGCUACAAAGGAUUACCGGCGCUCCCAGGAGUACAUUUGUCAUCAAAGAGUUUACAGAACUCCCAGCAGUAGAGAGGAAGAUCUAUGCAUCAUUUCAGCAACUUCCAGAGCCACCAACGGAACCAGACAUUCCACCCCCCAUGCAGAAUGGUAAAAAACAAGCCGACAUUGUGUUUUUGCUGGAUAGCUCCAUUAACUUUGGAAGGAACAAUUUCCAAGAAGUUACUGACUUCGUAUCGGGCUUAGUCGACGCUAUUUAUGACGAAGGGGAUUCCAUCCAGGUUGGCUUAAUCCAGUACAACUCAGACGUGGAUGACGAAUUCUUCCUGAAAGACUUCUCCAACAAAGAGCAGAUCAUAGAUGCGAUCGAAAAAGUGGCCUACAAAGGGGGCAGAGUCUCCAAUGCCGGAGCUGCCAUCAAGCACGCCCAAGCAAAGCACUUUGUGAAGGAGGCCGGGAGCCGGGCCGAGCAGAAGGUCCCUCAGAUUGCUUUCCUCAUCACAGGAGGCAGGCCGGACGAUGAUGCGCAAGCAGCUGCCUCAGCGCUGUCGCGGACAGGCGCCAAGGUGUUUGCGGUCGGGGUGAGGAACAUCGACCAGGGGGAAGUUGCCCUGCUCUCCACGGACUCCACCACGGCGUUCAGGUCUCCGACGACUGCUGGCCUCUCUGAGUUGAACGAGGCCGUCUUGGUGACGAUGGCUGACGUCAUGAGAAAGCAGCUGUGCACAGUCGUGGGGGAAGUCUCCAGAGAUUGCAAUCUGGACAUUAUAAUUGGAUUUGAUGUCACAGAUGUUGGACCGCGGCAAAGUAUAUUCACGGUGCAGAGGGUUCUUGAAUCAAAGGUUGAGGACAUUCUAAACAGGAUUAUUCAAAUACAGAGAAUUAGUUGCACUCCCAAUCAGAACCCUUCAGUACGGGUGGCUGUUAUGGCGCAGACUCGCUCUGGAGUAGUGGAAGCGUUUGACUUUUCCGAGUAUCAGCCAGAGUUGUUUGAAAAGUUCCAAGCCUUGAACACUGGGGGUCCAUAUGUUCUAACUGCUGAGACUCUCAGAUCUUAUCAGAAUAAGUUUGCAACAGCUCCCACUGGAAGUGUGAAGGUGGUGAUACACUUGACUGAUGGCAUUGACGGCUCUAAGGAAGAGUUACAGGCUGCGUCGGCUGCUCUAAAGAGAGAAGGGGUCAAGGCUUUCAUGCUUGUUGGGCUGGAGCGAGUACCAAACUUUGAGGAUGUGAUGAAGCUGGAGUUUGGACGUGGCUUUACUUAUAACCGGCCUCUUCUAGUUAAUGACAUGGCUUUGCAGUUUGAAUUGGCAGAGCAACUGGACAACGUUGCAGAAAGAGCGUGCUGUGGGGUUCCAUGCAAAUGUUCUGGACAGUGGGGGGACAGGGGAUUGCCAGGUACCGCUGGACCAAAGGGCGUCACAGGAGAAGAUGGCUACAGAGGCUAUCCGGGAGAUGAAGGUGGACCGGGAGACCGUGGACCUCUGGGGAUCAACGGAACUCAGGGAUUUCAAGGUUGUCCUGGUGAAAGAGGAACGAAGGGCAAUCGUGGAUUCCCAGGUGAAAAGGGUGAAUUGGGAGAGAUUGGUCUGGAUGGAAUCGAUGGGGAAGAAGGAGACAGAGGCCAUCCAGGUUCUCCUGGGGAGAGAGGAAGCCCUGGAAGAAGGGGUGACAAAGGAGGCAAAGGAGAACAAGGAGAACGGGGAGACCGUGGACUGCGAGGAAACUCGGGUGCACAAGGAGGGAAUAGCACUCAAAGAGGACCCAGAGGCCAGAAGGGUGAACUUGGACCAAUGGGAGACCCUGGAGCAGACGGACCAGCAGGUCCCCCAGGAGGACCUGGAAGAAAUGGAGGACAGGGCAGAAGAGGACCCCCUGGUAUCAAAGGAAACAGAGGUCCUCCGGGACCAACAGGGACAGUAGGAGAACAAGGUACCAGAGGGCCACAGGGGCCACCUGGCCAGGCCGGAACUCCAGGUCUUCGAGGAGAGCAAGGCAUCCCUGGUCCAAGGGGUGGAGGAGGUCCCCCUGGGGCUCCAGGAGAACGUGGCAGGCUUGGUCCGCUUGGCAGAAAGGGUGAGCCUGGUGAUGCUGGUUUGAAGGGGCCCACCGGUCCUGUUGGGCCACGAGGAGAGACGGGAGACGAUGGGCGUGACGGCGUAGGCAGGGCGGGAACUAAAGGCAGACGGGGAGAACCAGGGUUUCCAGGCUAUCCAGGGCCGAAGGGAACAUUUGGAGAUCGAGGUGGAGUUGGCGAUCCUGGCCCCAAAGGAAACAGAGGUCACAGGGGGACCCCUGGAGAGCCUGGCCCACUAGGUCAAAAAGGAGAAAGAGGAUAUGGAGGACCUGCUGGACAUAAAGGUGACAGAGGAGAAUCAAGAGACCAAUGUGCCCUUGUGCGCAACAUCAAAGACAAAUGCCCUUGCUGCUAUGGUCCAAGGGAAUGCCCGCUUUAUCCAACAGAAUUGGCCUUUGCAAUAGAUACUUCUUCUGGCGUCAGUGGAGAUGUUUUCAACAGAAUGAGGCAAGCGGUGUUGUCGAUCGUGAACGACCUCACCAUUGCCGAGAGCAACUGCCCUCGUGGCGCCCGCGUUGCCUUGGUGACAUACAAUAGCGAGGUCACCACGGAGAUGCGUUUCGCUGACACCCGCAAGAAAGCCAAUCUCCUGAAGCAGAUCGGGGCCCUCCGAGCCAUACAGACGACCAAGCAGCGAAGCUUGGAGACGGCCAUGUCCUUUGUUGCCAGGAACACCUUCAAGCGUGCACGCAGCGGCUUCCUCAUGAGGAAGGUGGCGGUCUUCUUCAGCAAUGGGCCCACGAGAGCAUCGCCGCAACUCAACGACGCCAUGCUGAAGCUCUACGAUGCGGGGGUCGUGCCCGUGUUCCUCACGAGCAGAGACGACCGAGCCCUUGCCAACGCACUGCAGAUCAACAACUCUAUAGGCGGCCAGGUGAUCACAUUUUCUGGUGGUGCAGAUCAAAUUAACCAAACUAUUAGGAGAGUAAUAACAUGUCAUAUUUGCCUGGAUGUAUGUGAUCCCGAUCCUGGCUGCGGCCCACAAAGGCCCAACUUUAGCAGAGACCGACGGGCGGCUCCAACGGAUGUCGACAUCGACGUGGCUUUCAUCCUGGACAGCUCGGAGAGCACCACCCCUCUGCAGUUCAGAGAGAUGACAAAGUACAUCGCCUACGUAGUCAGCCAGCUGGAGACGAGUGCGGACCCGAAGUCCUCCCUGCACCACGCCCGGGUCGCAGUCGUCCAGCAUGCUCCUUAUGAAUACAUUUCCAAUUCAAGUACAUCCCCCAUCAAAGUCGAGGUGUCCCUAACAGAGUACAGCUCCAAAGACAAACUGAUGGACUUCAUCGGCAACCAGAUGGCACAGCUGCGGGGCACCAGGGCUGUGGCAAGCGCCGUCGAACAUACCGUGAGGCUCAUUUUUGAGCAGGCGCCCAAUCCCCGGGACCUCAAAGUCAUUGUAUUGAUGAUAACAGGAGAGGUGAAAAACCAGGAGCUGGAGCGCCUUCAGAGAGUGGUCAUGGAAGUGAAAUGCAAAGGGUACUUCUUUGUCAUCCUCGGCGUUGGCAGGCAAGUGAACGUCCGGAGCAUCUACAGCUUGGCCAGUGAGCCUAACGACGUUUUCUUCAAAUACGCAGACAAGCCCUCGGAGUUCCACGAAGAGCCUCUGCUGCGCUUUGGAAACCUCUUGCCGUCCUUCAUCAGCAGUGAAAAUGCCUUUUACCUCUCUCCAGAUGUCAGAAAACAAUGUGAUUGGUUCCAGGGUGACCAACCAGUUAAAAAAAUUGUCCCGAAACCAGUAAACAUUCCAAACAAUGUUACUGCUGCACCCACUACAACAAAACCAACGACAAAGCCAACGACAAAGCCAACAACAACAAAACCAACCACAACACCAACUACAACAAAACCAACGACAACGCCAGCUACAACAAAACCAACAACGACAACAAAAAAAAUGGAAGUAACUCAGUCACUUCUUUUUCUUGCAGUGGUAAAGCAUGUGGGUGAAGUCCAGGUCACGGAUAUCACCGAAAACAGCGCUAAGCUGCACUGGAUGGACCCUGAGCCUCAACACACUUCCAUCUAUGAUGUCACCAUCACCUUGGCACAUGACCACUCUUUAGUUCUGAAGCUCAACUUAACUGGCACUGAACGAGUCAUUGGCGGCCUUGGGAGUGGACAGAAGUACCACGUCCUGGUCACAGGCUACCGCAAUGCACAGGCCAAAGUGACCUUCACAGGAACAUUUAGCACAAAGGUCAUGACCUUGCCCAAGGUGCCUUCCCCUGCAGUAGCCCAACUGAUGUUGAACACUGAGCCACUGGAAGAGCCGAAAACAGAUCCUUGCUUGCUGGACCUUGACAUGGGGACACAGUGCAAGGAGUAUCAGGUUAAGUGGUUCUUUGACUACAAAAACAAGAUCUGCACCCAGGUUUGGUAUGGUGGGUGUGGCGGUAACGCCAAUAGAUUUGAGACUGAAGCUGACUGCGUUAGCAGAUGCUUGAAGCCAUCAGAGGAGAAAAGCAUACCGCUUCCUGUCCUUGAGAAAAGUCACCUGUCAGACACGGAUAUUUGCAGCAUGAAAAAAGAAGAAGGGACCUGCAGGAAGUUUAUCCUAAAAUGGUACUUUGACCUAGAAACAAGAAGCUGUGCUAGAUUCUGGUACGGGGGCUGUGGUGGAAAUGACAACAGAUUUAACACGCAGGCAGAAUGUGAAGCCCUCUGCCUUUCAGCUCGGGUCAAUUCUGGCAUUAUGACAACAAUAGGAACUUAAACAACAGUGGAACAUCAACACAUACCUCUAAGAGAACCAGGAGUCAGCCAUCGCCAACAUAGCCCUCAUAGAAGCUAAGGGUGUAGACUACCUUGCACUGUGCUAUUUCAUGCUUUAUGUUCCAUGCAAACCUUGAAGAAAGAGUUUUGCUGCACGACUUUUAUCAAUAUGGUGCUAAAUCGUGGACUGAACGCUAAACAUGCCGGGGAAUAUAAUCUAUACUUUCAACAUUACAUAAUAUUUACCCACCACAGAUCUAUUUUGUUUGAACAAUUUGCAGUUUCUUUUUUUGGAUUCCGGCAUUAUGCCUAAAUCUUGGGCAAUGUAAAAAUUAGAAAAUAAGAGGGGUGGGGUGGGAAAUCACUUCGACUGUCAUGUACUUGCUUUUUUGAUUUCCACAACUGAGCAUAACUUUAGAUGGAAAGCCUUAUGUAAAAGGGAGUAGCCAGUUCUCAAAUACAAGCAGUUUAACUUUUCAUGCUGCCUUCACUCUUACUGGAUUAUGCAUUUUGGUAACUCUUUUUUCAUAUGUGAUCAAUCAAACUAGGAAAAAAUGCAAUCUUCCUUAAUACGGAUGCACUACUGGGACCAACGACUGAAUUAAAGAAUUUUAAAAACUUGGUGUAGAAUGUUUUUGGCAAUCCUCUAUUGUUGUGUGUGUUAUAUAUAUAUUUUUGCAGGGGUGGGGGUUCUAUUUUUAUU